CACCACUCGUCGCCCGGCACCCGCUCACCACCACCUCGCCGCCCGCCGCGCCCGCUGCGCUCUCUUCACCACCAGCCCCGCGUUGCUUCACCGCCCGACCACCCCGCCCGGCCACCGCGUAUGAUGCGUACAUGACCUCGCUCCCACGCCCGCCGCCCGCUUGAUUUCCUCGACCCGCAGCCACCCGCCUCGCCAUGGCCAUGCUUGCCGCAAAGUCGCCCUACCCAGCGCCAACGCUCGGCGGAGGCCCCUCGCAGCCAUCGUCGCAGUACGCCGCCGCCAUGAACAGCUACCGCACCCACACGACCACGGCGCGCGCCGACCAGACCAUGUUCGCCUCGCCCACCGAGUCCGAGUUCUCCGACAUCUACGACGCGCCCGACGCUGUCCGGAAUUGGGACGAAGACCGCGUUGCCGACUGGCUGAAGAGCAUCAACUGCGCCCAGUAUGCCGAGCUGUUCAGAAUGAACAACAUCAACGGCGAGAAUCUGCUCGAGAUGGACCAGACGCACCUGCGCGAGAUGGGCAUCAAGAAGGUCGGCGACCGCGUCCGCAUUGGCUCGCAGGCCAAGCAGCUGCGCAACAAGGAGUUCAAGAAGGCCUCGCGGCGCACCUCCAACCGCCAGUCCCUGGCCACCCUCGACAACUCGUCGUACACGCCGCCUUCCGGCUCGCCCCGCCCCAUGCACUCGGCCGCCCGCGCUGCCCCGCUCAGCUCACGCACCGAAAAGCGCAUGUCCCGCCAGAUCACCACCGCCGAGAUGAGCUACGCGUACGGCACCAAGUCUCCCUCGCGGCCCAGCUCGCCUCUGGUCGACCAAGAGAACCGCCAACUCCGCGCCCAACGCCCCGGAGCGCUGAACAGCCCCAAGGAGCCUGGCAAGACAUACGGCGCCCACCCGCUGAGCGCCCGCUACGCCCCGAACCAGCGGACCACACCCACCGAGACUCCCCAAACUGCCCGUUUCGCCCACCACGUGCGAGCUAGCCCCAGCGUCGACGCAACCAACAGUAUGAUUCUCCCCCAGGACAAGGCCUUCAUCCGCGUCAUCUUCGACGGUGGACGCACCUCGGUGCUUAACAUUGAAGGAUGCAAGACGGCCGAGGACGUGAUGCUGAAGACUCUUCGCAAAGGCACACUGAACGAGGCCCACGUCAAGAACUACUGCUUCUACAUUCUCAACAGCAGCGAACCCGAUCCGGCCCUCGCCGAACGCCUCAGCGACAUCGAGGUCUACCGACUUUGCAAAGACGCCAACAGGCACGAGCGGGGGCGACUCAUCCUGCGAAAAGUCCACGCAGGAGAGCCCAGCGAAGAGCAACUCGCCGCAGCUGCAAACAUCUACGCCCAGCAGAACUUCCAGCACCCUCAAAACAUCUAUGUUCCGGCCACCAACCGGAGUCAGCUCAAGAUCGAGAAGCUGACUGGCGAGUCUCUGGCAGCCGUCAGCUAUCCGCUGUCGCCUGCAUCCGCACGAGAACGGGAGCGACACAUCAACUCCACUGCACAAAAUCUGGAGGGACCCGAGAGCUCCAUUCGGUCGCCAGUAUACCAUGCACGCGCUCGUAAGCUCAAGCAGUUUUACGGCGCUCGACCGCCUAGUGAGCUGAUUACCUCCGACCUCACAUCUUACUUCCCAGACGUCCAGAAGGAUGAGAUCGACAAGACUGUGCGCAUGUCUGUUCGCCGCUCGCGUCGCCUGAGCAAGGCAGCGUCCCGUCUGUCGAUGGCGUCAAACUUCAGUGUAGCCUCUAGUUUGAAGGACGCACCGCCUCUUCCCUCCAUUGCCGACAGCUGGCUCCAAGGCGGCAACCAAGCUCGGCCGUUGAGGCCGCUCUCGGUAAUGAGGCUCGGCCUGCCGUCGCAGCACGGCUACCGCGACUCUAUGGCCUCGUCCGUGCUAGAGCCACUUGAUGAGGAGUCUCCUUUAGAGCCCAACCGCAAGUCGUAUGUGUCCUUUGGCGACGGCAGCGGGUCUGACACCCUGGCUGUAACCGAUCCAGAAGGCAACACCACGAUGCAGUCUUACUUUGACGAUGGCGGCAGCAGUCUUGCUGGCAGCAGCACAGACAACACCGAGAACGGCGACUCGCUCAACAAGCGCCUUUCUGAAGCUAUUGCAGAAGACGGCGAGGAGUACGACGACGAGCUGACUGAGUACCUUGAACAAGACUCAUGGGAGAACGUCAAGUACAUGAAGGGAGCCCUCAUUGGACAGGGUUCCUUCGGUAGCGUAUACCUUGCAUUGCACGCCGUGACCGGUGAGCUUAUGGCUGUCAAGCAAGUCGAGCUCCCCUCCGCAGCAGGCACAGCACAGAUGGACCAGAGGAAGACCAACAUGGUCGAGGCUCUGAAGCACGAGAUUGGUCUGCUGCGCGAGCUCAAGCACAAGAAUAUUGUGCAGUACCUUGGCUCCAACUCGGACGAGAGCCAUCUCAACAUUUUCCUCGAGUACGUCCCUGGUGGUUCAGUCGCCACCAUGUUGAUCAACUACGGACCGUUGGGCGAGUCUCUCAUCCAGAACUUCGUGCGUCAGAUCCUUACCGGCCUGUCAUACCUCCACUCGAGAGACAUCAUCCACCGCGACAUCAAGGGCGCAAACAUCCUCGUCGACAACAAGGGCUCCGUCAAGAUUUCCGAUUUCGGUAUCUCUAAGCGCAUCGAGCAGUCCACCCUCGGCGGCAGCAAAAAGAACGCCCAGCGCGUCUCGCUCCAAGGCUCCGUCUUCUGGAUGGCCCCCGAGGUCGUGCGCCAGACCGCAUACACGCGCAAAGCCGACAUCUGGUCCCUCGGCUGCCUCAUCGUCGAGAUGUUCUCCGGCAGCCACCCGCACCCCACUCUCACGCAGCUGCAAGCCAUCUUCAAAAUCGGCGGCAGCGGCGACGCCUCCCCCACCAUCCCCGACAACGCCGGCGACGACGCCCGCGCCUUCCUCACGGACACCUUCCUCAUCGACCACGAGAAGCGGCCGUCCGCCGACGAGCUGCUCGCCAGCCCCUUCAUCACAAACCAGGGCGCCUGAGCCCUCACUACCGGUGCUUUACGCGCCACACCACACCACACAUAGUUUCUCGACACUGCAAGCAGUGUGUAGCCUCAGUGCACAGCGCACACUGCACGUUCCCCCGUGUCUCUUCUUUUUUUUUUUUUUUUUUUG